UUCACCACAGGGACCAAACCGUCAUUAGGGGAUCGUACUGCGCGUUGACCCCGCGCAGUCCGUUUGUCAGGGGUUCGGUUCGGUCCGGUAUGGACGAGACGAGCCCGCUGCUCUCCCCGCUACGCGACUCCCCCACCUACGGCUUCGGCCCCACGGACCACCCUGCUGCGAGUCCCCGGGGGGCGGGGGCAGAGGCAGAGGCAGAGGCAGAGGCAGAGGUAGAGGUAGAGGUAGAGGCGCCGGGGUCCACGACAGGUCCGGGACCGGACAGCCCCCCGCGAGAUGCCCCUCCGGCGCGCGACUCUCCUCCUCCUCCGCGAGAGCCCCCCUCGCGAGACACCCACCAUGGCAACGAGUUCCCCGAGGACCCCGAGUUCAGGGACAUCGUCCGCCGUGCGGAGCGCGCCAUCGAGGAGGGCAUCUUUCCCGAGAGGAUUUACCAGGGAUCCAGCGGCAGCUACUUCGUGAAAGACUCGCAGGGGAAGAUCAUCGGUGUUUUCAAGCCCAAAAAUGAGGAGCCCUAUGGCCAGCUGAACCCCAAGUGGACCAAGUGGCUUCAAAAUUUGUGCUGCCCUUGCUGCUUUGGUCGGGACUGCUUGGUGCUGAACCAAGGAUACCUUUCAGAGGCUGGAGCAAGCCUGGUGGACCAGUCAUUGGAGCUCAACAUCGUCCCUAAGACCAAGGUCGUCUAUCUGGCCAGCGAGACGUUCAACUACAGCGCCAUCGACCGUGUCAAGUCUAGGGGCAAGAAGCUGGCCCUGGAGAAAGUGCCAAAAGUUGGCCAGCGCUUUCACAGAAUAGGGCUGCCUCCUAAGGUGGGGGCCCUGCGUGCGUCCCCAUCCAGAAACCUUGUGGGUUCCUUUCAGCUAUUUGUAGAAGGGUACAAAGAUGCAGAUUUCUGGCUGCGUCGCUUUGAAGCUGAGCCUCUACCUGAGAACACCAACAGGCAACUGCAGUUUCAGUUCGAGAGGCUUGUGGUCCUGGAUUACAUCAUCAGAAACACAGAUCGAGGGAAUGACAACUGGCUUAUAAAAUACGACUGUCCUACAGACACAAGGGCAAACAGGGAUGUGGAUUGGGUGAUGGUGAAGGAGCCGGUCAUUAAGCUGGCAGCCAUAGACAAUGGUCUGGCCUUCCCCCUCAAACACCCAGAUUCCUGGAGGGCUUAUCCGUUUUACUGGGCAUGGCUCCCUCAGGCUAAGCUGCCAUUCUCCCAGGAAAUCAAGGAUUUGGUCUUGCCGAAGAUCUCCAACCCCAAGUUUGUCAAGGACCUUGAGGAGGAUCUCUAUGAGCUCUUCAAGAGGGACCCAGGGUUUGACAGAGGACAAUUCCACAAACAGGUGGCUGUACUGAGAGGACAGAUCCUGAACCUCAGCCAGGCCCUAAAGUACAGGAAGACACCCCUGGAGCUGGUCCAAAUGCCCCCUGUGCUGGUGGAGACAGCACGAGCUCCACAGCGCUCCAACAGCGAGUCGUACACACAGAGCUUCCAGAGCCGCCGACCCUUCUUCACCUGGUGGUAGAGCAUUUGCCGGGUGGGUUUACUACCCUUCAUUAUAUCGUCGAAGAUGAGCGACAAAGGCAAAGAAAGAAGGUGGGACUAGUGGGGGGAAAUUGCCAUUCCUUCCAUCUGCAUUUUUCCAAGAAUGCCUGCUGGCCAGUUUUAGUGCCUUCAGAUAGAUUAAGUGACAGAAAUGGCUUAAUGGUCAGGCCCCGCCUGCCCUCUUGCACUUACGCCCUGCCCCACACUACCCCGCACUACGCCACACUACCCCACACCUUCCAGUAUCUCAGCAAUACAGCUCCAUUUUACCCACUGAUGUUCAAAGUCUGCUGGCUGUGUGGGGUACCAGGGACAGUUUCUGGUGGAUCUCGCUCCACUGAGCCAGGUGUGAUGAAGAUUAUACUGCCAAGUGGAGACGUGGAAGACCAGGACUCUUGAUUUGAGGAACCGCCAAAAGGAACUGGACUGUCUCCCUUGGUGCGAUGGGCAUUGCAGUAAAGCAUGAUGCGCUAAGCAUGGCUUCUCUGCGGGGGCUUCCAGCUUUGAUAGUCCACCAACUCCGAAUGGACCUUCUCCUGCCUCACUGGUUCAUUAAACCACAGGUAAUCUCUGUUAUAUGUUCCGUCACUGGUUUGGGAAAUUAAGUUUUGGGUAGACAACACUGGUUUUGAUUUCAUUUUGAUGUAUGGUAAAUAUUGUUCAAGAUAAAAUGCAACUUAAAAAAAAAAAACAGCAACUGGAACUAAUGUAGAACUCUGCAGGUCCUUUGUUCCAAUUGGCUUUUAAAGCUGCAGGGGUCUGCUGGUUCUGUUAGCAGUAAAGGUGCCAAAUAUGAUUGUCAGUUAAUCAGCUGAUGAUGAGUGAAUGAAGUUUGUGUUUCUCACACAUGAGAAUCAGUGAGCAGGCCAUGAACGCACCCCCACAGAGACGGACCCACACGCUCUUCUGUACUAUCCCACAAAGCAUGUGUCAUAUUCAUAAUACAAAUAGGAAAAUUGUAUAAGACUCAUCUCCUUGACUUCCACACGCACAACAGUUCAGCAAGCAAUGUGUGGCUGGGAGCUGGGAUCACCCCCCACCCCCUUAGUAUUACCCAUUAAAUAGUUCUUUUUCUCUUCCCCCCCCUUCCCCUGGAGACCCUGGACUCUAGCUGCACUUGCUCCCGCGGUGCCACAGAAAUCAGUUUAAACUGUAAAGAGAAGUGCUGUUUUCUGCUAUUGCGGUGAAGCAAGGCCACCAUCUAGUUGUGCAUUUGCUUAAUGUUUGCACACUAUUUGCGUGAACUGCUCCGGGGUGGGGAGGUUAAAGGUCACACCUGCUACACUUGCAUUACUGAAAAGAACACUGGAAACGUCCACUCGUCAGGGACCUCGGGUGUCAGCCUCUUAUUUUGUCUCGGCGCCAUUCCCUUUAUUUUUUUUCCCCUCAGAGGUAGUGGGGGUGGAUAUGUAACUAAUCUACUGACAUUGACUAGAAAUGUGUUCUGACAAUGCUCUGUGAACACUGUAACAUAUUUAUAAAUGAGGAUUUAA